AUGUUACUGGUCCUCGGCCGUCCAGGAUCUGGCUGUACCACAUUACUGAAGAUCUUAGCAAACCAUCGCCUGGGAUAUAAAUCAGUACAUGGAGAUGCGCGUUACGUGUCACUUACCUACGAGCAAGCCUCCCAGUAUCAGGGCCAAAUCAUCAUGAAUUAUGAAGAUGAAGUCUUCUUUCCAUCCCUCACCGUGGGGAAUGAAUUCAUUCGUGGAGUCUCUGGUGGAGAGCGGAAGCGUGUAUCGAUUGCCGAGUGUAUAGUAACCCAGGGCUUGGGCUUCUGCUGGGAUAAUAGUACCCGAGGCCUGGAUGCAAGUACAGCACUGGAGUGGACUAAGGCUAUCCGGCAAAUGACUGAUAUCUUGAGGCUUUCUACUAUUGUGACCCUUUAUCAGGUUGGAAAUGGGAUUCUGAGUCUAUUUGACAAAGUUCUUCUGCUCGCUGAGGGCAAGCAAAUCUAUUAUGGCCCGAUGAAGGAUGCCAAGCCAUGCAUGGAACACUUGGGAUUUGUCUGCCAGAAUGAGCGGCAAACCCAACCUGGCUACGACAACUACCCAAAGAAUGCGGAUGAGAUGCUGAAGACAUACAGCAACUCGCCUACUCAAGCGCUAAUGGAGGCCAAACACAACUAUCCCGAUAGUUCGAUGACAGAGCAACGGACGCAAGACUUCAUUGAGUCUGUGGCAAGAGAAAGGCCUUGCAAGGGUCCAUACACCACAGACUUUGUGGUCCAGGUCAAAGCCUGCAUUGUUCGACAAUAUCAGAUUAUCUGGGGUGACAAGGCUACCUUUUUGAUUCGCCAGGUUUGCAACAUUGUUCAAGCUUUGAUUGGGGGGCUCACUGUUCCACAAUGCUCCCAAUAA